AUGAUUAACUAUAUUUUUCUUGCUCAAACAGAUGAAAACGUUUAUUAAAUUAAAUAAAAUGAGGAUGGGAAUUAAUAUGAAAAUACUUGUAAGGAUUAUAUUAACAAAUUUCCAAGCUAAAUUAAAAAAUUGAGUCAUGUGGCAAAAACAAGAUGCAUAAAUCAAUAUGAAGGACUAAGGAAAGUUCCAGUGAUUGAAGUUGUGUCAAACAUUUUAUUUGAAUAAAAAGGAAUUAAUGAUUAAGAAAAUUAAUAAAUUUUUAACUUUAUUUCUAAAAGUAAACAUAAUUUGUAUAAGAAUAUCUUAUCAGCUUUUAAGAAACAUAUUAUCGAGUGCAAAGAUACUUCCUUGAUGAGUGUGUAUGAAAAUUUGAGUGAAAAUAAGUGGGCUUUUGAACACAUUUAGCAAAGAGUUUCUGUUAAUUUAGCAAGAUGCGGAAGAUACAACCUCAAGAUUAAAAAUCUGAGUAAAAACAGAAAUCUGCAAAAAAUAUUCAAUCACUUUUUGAAGAACUCUGAAAAGCUAUGGCUUUAAGACUCUAAAAUUAAAAACAAAGAUUAAUAUAUAGAACAAAUUAAUUUGAUGGUUUUAGCAUAAGAAAAGCAAAUCCUUCAAAAUUUUACAUAGUGCUAUAAAAAAUAUAGGAAAAAUAGCAUGUAAAAAUGA